AUGUUUACGAGUUUUUAUAUCACGGAUUCAAAUCGGAAUCUUAUUUUUGAGUACCUCACGAGUUCGUUUGCACCUACAUUCAAGCAGAUAAACCACAAGAUUGCGAAACAACAAGAGAAUAACGGUAAUAAUGCGAGCGUGGUUAGGGUUAGUAGAGAUGUUGCAUUGUACGGGCACUUUUCUUCGGUCAACAGGUUAUAUUAUUGGGCACUGUGUGAACAGUGUGACGAUCCGUUAAAGCCCUUGGUAUUUUUAUCGCGUUUUGAUGGACUGCUAAUGGAGUAUUUUGAUAGAGAUGUUCUUACGGCUACGAAGCUCAUGAAUAAUCAAGAUCGGUUGGCGCUCCUUUUAAAUUCCAUCAUAGAUGCAGGGGAAAUAGUCAUGUCAGAUACUAAUAAGUUAAGGUAUUUACUUCCGCUGCACACGGAUCUAUCGACGGUGUUUAGCUCUGCAACAAAGACGCUUACUAGGACUAUUAAAAAUAGGGAAUCGAGCAAUUUUCUUGGUUCCAGUAACUCCAGCAACAUUAACGGUGGUCCUACGAUUAAUAGAAGCAGCGACUCGCCACUCGAUGCUCAAGUUGUUCCUUGGAGAAUCCCCAAUUUGUCAAAUGUGAACAAUGAAAUCUAUGUGGAUAUGGUUGAGACUUUGACGCUCAAUCUGAAGCAAUCGCGUCCUAAUUCAUUCCAUGUAUUCCAUGGUGUCAUCAGUGGUAAAAUUGACCUCAAAUGCUACCUCCGCGGCAACCCAACCAUGCAAAUCAACCUCCACUCUGCAGGCCAUGCUUUCAAACCGUCAGCGUUGCAUCGUUGUCUGGACCCUUCUUCCUCUUCCUUUGACUCCUCCUCGCUGCGUUUCAUUCCGCCGGAUGGAAAGUUUACCCUUCUGGAAUAUACUAUUGAUCUCGAUGAAAUGCAUAAUAACAGUAAAAAACUUGCCAACAUCGGUUUGGUCACUCCCUCGUUGACCACCCAUCUCGGCCCCAAAAAGGAUGAAUUCGAAAUUAAAUGUUCCAUAGGAAACACCACGCAUACUGAAUCCAUCGAAGAUCUCCGAAUCGUUGCCUAUUUCCCUGAUCGCCGUAAUCACACUGACGAAGCCAAAAUAAAAAUCCUCAGAAAUACCCAUGGCGGAUGGCAAACAAACCUCACCAACACAACUGGAUCCUGGAUCCUGGACAAAAAUACCCCUGUCGGUUCCAUCCCUGUUCUCAGAGGUUGUGUUGAACAACCAGAGCCUUCCGUAUCUCUUGCCUCCUCCAACAGCUCCCUAGAUAGCAUAUUGGCAUCAACAACUGCCACCUCCGCGGCUGCUGCUGCGAAUACAAAGACGACCACCCAUUCAUCCUCCUCAUCCCCACCAACUAUUCCUCCAGCCCCCACUGCCGCCCCGAUAUUCCCAACCCACCUCUCCCUCUCCUACACCAACCACGGCCAGCUCCCAAGCGGCAUCAGAAUCCAGUCCGUUAACAUCCUUUCGGGCCUGCCAAAGGGCACUCCCUUCAAAGGCGUCAAAUACACCACCCGCGCAGAGAACGUCUUAGUAAGACCCUAG